CGCGGCCGCGUCGGAGUCCUUGAUGCACCUUGGCUCCUCCUGGGCCGCGCGGAAGGAACGGAGGAGGAUGGCGGAGAGCGAGUGCGAGACCCCCAGCACGCCGGGGGAGUUUGAGAGCAAAUACUUUGAGUACAAUGGGGUGCGCCUCCCGCCCUUCUGCAGGGGGAAGAUGGAGGAGAUCGCCAAUUUCCCCGUGAGAGUUAAUGAUGUCUGGAUCAUAACCUACCCCAAAUCAGGCACCAGUUUGUUGCAAGAAGUGGUAUAUUUGGUGAGCCAAGGAGCCGAUCCUGAUGAAAUCGGGCUAAUGAACAUAGAUGAACAACUUCCAGUCCUAGAGUAUCCCCAGCCUGGGUUGGAUAUCAUCAGGGAGUUGACAUCUCCUCGUCUCAUCAAAAGCCACCUACCAUAUCGUUUUUUGCCCUCGGAUCUACACAAUGGCAAUUCCAAGGUAAUAUAUAUGGCUCGCAACCCCAAAGAUCUGGUCGUGUCUUAUUACCAGUUCCACCGCUCCCUUCGAACCAUGAGCUACAGAGGAACAUUUCAAGAAUUCUGUCGGAGAUUUAUGAACGAUAAGUUAGGUUAUGGUUCAUGGUUUGAACAUGUGCAAGAAUUUUGGGAACAUCAUAUGGACUCCAAUGUUCUUUUUCUCAAGUAUGAAGAUAUGCACAAGGACCUUACAACUAUGGUUGAAAAACUAGCAAGGUUCUUGGGUGUCUCUUAUGACAAAGCGCAGUUGGAAUCCAUGGUGGAGCAUUGUCACCAGCUCAUUGACCAAUGCUGUAAUGCAGAAGCUCUUCCUGUUGGCAGGGGACGAGUUGGGCUAUGGAAAGACAUCUUCACUGUUUCCAUGAAUGAGAAAUUUGAUUUAGUUUACAAGCAAAAGAUGGGAAAGUGUGACCUCACAUUUGACUUUUAUUUAUAAAAAAAUGCAUGUCUAUAAUGCAAAUACUCUCGGUAGAAGUGCUUUCUGCAUUCAUUUAUCACUUGCUAGACACAACUCUGUAUUUGUUAUGUGUGUCAGGAGUUAAAAAAUAAAAGGCACAAUGCACUGGGAAGUUAAGAAUGUUAAGGAGAGACCUGCUGGGUUGAACCAAAGGUCCCUCAUUCCUGGGAAGCUUACAAGUAGGGCAUGAGAGCAAUAUUUUCCCCUGUUGCUUCUCUCCAGCCUCUCAUGUUCAUGGUAGUUGUA